AUGACGGGAGAUAAUCGCAGGCGGAUUAAUCGCAAAAAUCCAAGUUGCACCUGCGAAUGGCAUGUAAAAUUCAGCUAUGGUGUAGCAUUCACCCUGGCCGUCUUCGAGGCAAAACGUCUCCUCGUAGUCGCCUUGGAGAUAUUCGCAGAGUGGCAGGUGAUCCGGUUCGCAGGUGGUUUCCAGCCGAUCGCUCUCACCUUGGCGGAGAUGGCUUUAGGAUUGCCGUCAGCCCUUUUAACAGUGCGCACCAUACGCAGGCGCAAUUUACCGAGUUUUCGUCUAAAGGCGAAGCUAAUGCUAAGGUGUCUUUUGAUAAUAAUAAUUGUGUGUACCGCUAUGAACACGGCGACCUUAGCCUCAAUAGGGUACCAUGUCAGUGUAAGACAGAAGACGCUGGUCGACGUCUUCAACACAUCCAUGCGCCUGUACGUCAGUGUAACGUCGUACAAGUACGCGAUUGACGAAAUCCAAUUCGUCUUACAAUGUUGUGGCCAUACCUCCUAUACUGAUUGGUUUCAUUUCGACUGGCAGAGAGUGGAUUACGCAUCCCGGGAGGAAAUGGCAGGUCAAAGCAGAAUCUCGGACGAGGAUUACAGAUAUCUCGGAGUCCCCUUUAGCUGCUGCAAUUUGCGCGUUGUGGCACCUUGUAUGCACAUGCAGAUAACAGAUGACAAGACGAUAAACGUGAACGGCUGUGCGGAAGUCAUCAGCCCCAUACUUCUUAGAAUCGUCAUAGUCGCUUACGUCAUGACCAGCACUUUAAUCAUUAUACAAGUGUUGCUGAUCUUUUUAAUUACUAGAAUGGUCUGCAGAUUUGUGCCUCUUCAGACGUCUUCUCAGCAGGUAAGAUGUACCGCUGUGCCAUUCACCAUUAUAAACACUAUUCCAAGGACUUACGUGCAACGAUUUUCUUCGGUUAAGAAAUCCACCUGGCGUAAAAGAACGAUGCAUCGUCACCCAUUGUCCACGAAUGUCGUUUGCAUCAAGGAAAACCAGAAACUUAGAUUACCCAGACGCAAUUGCUCUAUUCUGAAUUCCAGAAAUUACAAUACUUGGGACGUAGCAAAGAUUAAACCGAGCGUUCAUGAAGAACAUAAAAUAUCUGUGGAAUGUUUUCGAAACAAACGCACACGUUAAAACCUCUGCUGCGUUAAUGAUUCAUAGAUUCCACAUGGUCAUUAUAGUGACGGCUCUCUAAUAAACUGCGCAUUAACGUUGAUAAAAUACCAAUUGCAGUGA